CUUGGCUUGGCCUCCUACAUAUUAGCCAAACCAAGAAAACAAACAAAACCUAUAAACAGCUACUUGUCUUUGUGUGUUGAUUAAUUGUAGUUAACAUGGCACGUCAGGCAGAUCGUCUUGUUAAGAUUGGGCAGGAGGGUUUUGCAGCCAUUGAUGAGCACUUCGGCCGGGCCAAGAGGUGGCAACCAGUUAUGAAGGUUCCCUAUGCUCAUCCCACAUAUUACUAUGUUCCUGCAACAGAAGUUAUCGACAGCAACGAGGCAGCUCAACGCUACAAGGGGAGGGUUUAUCUCGAUUAUCCUAAGGGGAAACCAGUUCCAUUUUAAAGACCUAGUGAUUAAUCACUUAGCUUUCUUGUAUGCAUAACCUCCUCCAGUUGUGUUACCUUUAGUCCUGUACGAUAUUCUCCCUCUGCUAAACGUAGACGAGGAGAGGUUGCUAGAACUCGAGUCAGGAGCUUCUUCUUACUUCAUCAAAUAAAAUUUCUGUGAUUUAUAUAUCAUAAUUUUCUA